UCGAAUGGAACAGGUCAAAUCGCUUCCACUCAGUUCUGUUUUUUUGUGUUUGUGUGAAAUUUCAAAUGUCAAAUAUCUGAUUUUUCUUUCAAAAAUCCUCAAAAUUCGAAAUAUAUUAUUUGUUUUCUUGCAAACGAAAGACAUGGCAUUAGACUUAAAAAAUUAUAAGCUAAUGAUCGAAGAAAAUGGUAAUGUGCAACAGUUUGGUGGGGAAGUUGUUCUGCAAAACAUUUUAACUCAUGAACUUUUUUCGGCACCUUUUGAAGAGGUCACGGGUUUUUACAACCUUCAGAAAAAUACGCAAGAAAGUAACGAAGAAGCAGGAGAAGUUCGGAACGGAAACAUUUCAGAAGUUUUCAAGUGGUCCGAUUCACAAACUGAACUCUUAUUAGAGUUAUACGAAGAAAAUAGUAAUUUGGUUGGACCAAUGAAAAAACACCGAAACAAAAAAUAUAUGUGGUCGUACAUAGCAGAGGAAUUAUUGAAAAGUGGAGUGAGGGUAUCGGCAGAUCAAGUUGAAGGUAGGUUCAAAGCGGUGCUAAAAAAAACGAAGCUCGUUUUUAAAAAUAAUCAAACGACGGGGGCGGUGCGGAAAGAUAUUCCCUUUCCAAAUAUAAUGCAGAAAAUUAUAGGGAAUGAUGAUUCCAUAUACCCAGAAGUGUUCAUCGGCCCCAAUCGAAUGGUGAAGAAAAACUAUUCGUGCAUGGGCCUACCUUCAACUUCAAGACAAGCUUCGCCCCCACUCCCACUACAAAACUCACCAUGUGAUGUAUCCGAGAAUCGCUCUAUAAAUGUCGAGAUUCAAAAUGAAGAUGAAAUUCCGUAA